AUGACGGAGUCGGCAGUGAAGACGCCUUUCCAAAAUCUCAAGUUCCUGAUAAUAAUUAUCAAAAUAACGGGCUUGAUUUCUUGCCAAUUGGUGAACGGCCGGCUUAAACCAGCCAGUAUCUGGGGCCGUUAUUAUUGUCUAGCGUGGAUAUUCUUCCAUUGUGCGUACACAAGUGUGAACUAUUACGAGUGGUGCAUCAUGCCUCCUGAAAUAGCCGGAACUCUUUUCUUCCUUAUCGUCCUACGAAGCAACGCCUUCUUUGUCUCGUUGAUCCCGUACCACUUCGUGGCGGCCUUGCAGAAUCGAAUUGUUGCCAAGUUCUGCGACAAGCUCGAAGCGUACGACGAUAAAGCGACGGUGCUGGGAUAUCGAAGAAAGGACAAACACAUGUUUAUCUGGUUAUACUUCGCAUACACGCUCACCACGCUAACUAUGAAGACAUAUUAUAGCAUCAGCCAAAAUAUAGAGCGAGGAACGAUGGCGCUGCUAAAAGUGACGUUCGAAAUCGUGUCUGUCAUAAUUGGUACUUACUGCGUUUUCAUCACUGUCAUAUACCUGGACCUGAUACGUCAACGAUUCCGUCAUCUAAACCAGAUUAUAGUGCCGCACGUGUCGGAGUUACCGGUGGCCGAAUUGCAGGGCAAGAUCACAAUUUACGACGUGCGUCAUUUGCACGGCGUGCUCAUCGACUGUGCGGAGUUGAUAAACGAUUUAUACGGCACAGGUACCUUGUUCACCUUCAUGUCUAUACUAGUGGAAUUCGUCGCGGUCAUAUACCUGUUCAUAGAGGACAUAGAGGACAACAAUGCGAUAGUGACGAUACUGGACUUAUCCUUUCAAGCCAUUUAUUUAUUUGCAAUGUACCAUUGGGCGACUCUGGAGGCGAAUCGCAUCGAAGAGAGUGUGGAGAAAUACGGGCUGUCCUUUCAAAAUGUCAAAUGCCGCAUGGAUAAAAUCGAGAUGAUGUUGUAUUUUUAUCACGCAAGAUUUUCCUUCACAGCCGCUGAUUUCUUCAUUCUGGAUUUAACAAUUUUCCUCUCGGUAAAUCAAUCUUUACUCGAAUUUAUACCAUUGGAAAAUAUCAUGCUACAAAUCCUCCUGCUUUCAGAUAUGUUCUACGGUACUGACGUUUAUAACUAUAAUAAUGUAAAUUUUGCAAUAUGUUGA